AUGCCAAAGAUUUUGCAAAAUGAACGAUUAGCAUAUACGGUUGGCCAAGCAACAAUUAUAUUUUAUUAUGGCGCAAUUUACACACAUAUACUAAUUGGCUUAAAUCGUUUUAUUGCUAUUGCAAAGCCAUUAUCAUACGAGCCAACACAAGGCAUGGAACAAGUAAGUCAUAGACGGCGAUCAUUAGAAAUUCGAUAUUUCAUUCAGUCUGUUUGCUCGGAAACAGCGCUUAUACUAACAUUUGUAUGCUUUUGGUGUAUCGCACUUUAUGCGACAACACCGUUUUCGAUGUUUGUAUUAAACGUUGGUGCUUGGCUAACUAUGCAUGCCAUUGAUGGGUUUAUUAUGACUGCAUUCAAUCAUCAAAUCCUUAAAAUGAAGACGGCAAAAAGAACCUCUCUACCAAUAGUAACAAUUGCUUUAUCGGCAGCCGUAACAACCAGAAGGCCAAAUAAUAACAAACCGGUAAAUCGAGUAGUAGAACGAUGGCUUCAUUUUAUAACGAAAGUAAAAUGA